ACUUGCCGCUAGAGAGCUCAGGCUCUCUCCCUCUCUCGGCGAGAGAGAGACGCGACACCCCCACACACACGAUGAGAGGAGCAGUGCUCGACGUGAGAGGGCUAGUAUGAAUGGCGCUAGUCGGCAGCGCCUCCACCGAGAGAGUACCGAGCCCCUCUCUUCUUCUAUCCGUACUCAUUCAUCCUUUGUUCUGCACGAGUCCGCGGGUGGAUCUCGAGCCGAAUAUUCGCGGUAUUCGAGUGCAAAUGUCAGUGGCUUUGUUCGUCGGGAUGGUUGAACAAUCGGGGGGAGUUAAAUAGGGAAGAGAAACGCCCACAGGUACGCGGAAUAAAGUCGCGCGACGAGCCAGUUUCGAAGUUGAGCGGAGGAGGAACGUUUGAAAAUAAGUGAAUUUCCGUCGAUCCGGAGGGGGCCGCGAGGCCGAGGGGACACGGGAAGAACGAAACGCCUGGUGUGUACGCUCCUGAAGCGAGCACGAAGACCGGUGCGUUCGCGCGUCCGUGCACACACGUUGACACGUUUUUUUGCCUGCUCGUUCAUGCUCCUCCGUCCACUUUUAUUUUCUCUCCGUGUAUAUACGGAGAAGGAGCGUGCAUGUGAGGCGGUAGCGUAGGCGCCCCGGAUACCCGGCGUGUAUCAACACCGACUCAGCUGAUCCUCGUUGCUGCGUGCACGCACACGCGCCUUCGGGCUCGAGUUUCUCCGUGUGGGUUCGUGCGUGCGAGGGAACUGCGAGAGAAAAAGAGGGAAAGAGCGACGGGGCACCGCGAGUGUUGCGGGCUCACGCGAACGAGGCGCAAGUCUCGAGCGAGCGAGCGAGCGAGGCCACCGAAAGAGCCAGUCCAAGUUUCUCCCUCUCCCUCUCUCUCUCUCUUUCUCUCUCGUUCGCUCACUCCCACUCGGGGCUCUCCCUCUCUCGAAAAAGGUGUGCUGCGCGAAGCAGAGAAAGAGAAGCUCUCGCGCGGAGCCUCAUACAUACUUGAAGAAGCGCCUCUUGGAGGGGGCCGUGCCAGCGCGGUGGCAGCAGCGUCGACACUGCGAGACUCGAGAAAUACCAGCACCAGCGCGAGAGAGCAACGGAGACGGGGAAAGCGAGCGAGCGAGCGAGAACGAGCCAGGAAUAAAAAGAGCGAGCGAGGGGAAGAGACGGCGAAUGCACGCGUGUGAUUUUCUCUCGAGCGUUGGUGAGUGAGCGCACAACUCGGCGGUGGUGGAAGCCAACAGAGAAAAAGAGAGAGACCGAAAGAAGGAAAAAGAGAGAAAGAUAAUGCGAGAGGAGCAGCAGCGCGGAGCGCGUUUCGAGGCGGCGAGCCCCGCAAGUCUCGCCAGUAAACCUCGCAGUCGAGGAUGUCAAUAAUUCCGAGUGCCGGUGAUGGCGUUUUUCCUCGCUCUUAGCCACCUUAAUAAACAUACCUUUUUUUCUGCUCAAUCACCACCGUAGACAACUGAAAAGCCAGAGAGAGUGAGAGAGACGCCGAGCGAGCGAGAAAAAAAAUAAACGGGAGAACGUCAAAACUCGAGAAGGAAGAGCAGAACGAAAAAAUCGAGCGAAGAAGACUAAAAGUGAUACUUACGUAUUUAUAUCUAUAUAACUAUACAACAUUCUCGGCGAUCGCUCCCCGCUGCCGUUGUAACGCGUCGCGCUCUCUGUCGUACGUACGUAGUAUUUCGUAUUGCUACAUGUAUUUAUAAGUGUUUAGUGUAAUAUUGUCGUGAACGGUUUUCUCGCGAUGCAUGUAUAAAAUCGUGAGCACACGAGCGUAAGCGAGCGACACGCGUGCACAAGUGUAUUAAUACGGGUGUUGAAGGAGUCCGAAGCCCAGGCACGUAAGUUGACGAAAGUGUUGGAUUCGCCACGAGUUGAAACUCGGCGAGAAGAAGCGAGCGAGCGAGCGAGAGAGAGAGAAAGAGAGAGAGAGAGCGAGCAUUGGCGGCGGGUGACAUCGAGAGCGACGUCGUCGGUUCUUGACGAGCUGACACACCGCCGCGCACAAAACAACAACAAUAAUAAAAAUAAAUAGAAAAUAAAAACGGCCGUGCGCGCUCCUCCGCCAGUGUCCGUGCAACGUCGAGUUCCCCGUUGUUCUCUCUCGAUUUCAAUUUCAUUAUUUCCCACGAAACGAGCUCGAAAACUUUUCGAUCGUCGUCGUCGUCGUCCGAGUCGAGCGUGCGGUUCCGCGGCUGCGGUUUCCAGCCGGAAGGUGUAACGCCACCGGUUGUGCGGGGGCGAGAGAGAGAGAGAGAGAGAGAGGAUUCUCUCCCGUCGAAAUUCCGAACGGUUCAUCUCUCCGAUCGAGAUCGGUAUUUUCACUUUGGUUCGAAGGAACCGGGCGGCGAGAAAGGGGGGCGGGGGGAGAGGAGCGAGUAAAAAAUGCGGAUGUGAGCUCGGCGCGAUACUUUUGCCCGGUGGAUCCCGGACGUGCCGGAGCCCAAAGUGAAAGAAGGCGAUUCGAAGGCGCUGGGCUCCUGGCUCGCCUCGCGAAAAACGUCCUCGUUAUCAGUCGUUGAUCGGGACAUCGGGAGGAGAGGUUCGAAGGAGCUGCUAAAUAAAUAGCCGAAGAACCGCGUAAUAAUCGAGCCGAGGAGGAGAUUAAACGUCUCAGGUGUGUACGAGGAAGCGUUGCGGUGGUGUUCGGUGCGUGUGUGCGCGCGUAUCUCUCUCCUAGUGUCCCCGGCUGUGGGUGUUUUGCGGUUGUGCCGCGCGCGCGGUGUUUAUUUACUCGUUGCCCUCUGUUGCGGAGGGCAAAACACCCUGGGUUCGGGAGCACCUCCCCCGGACGCUCUCCUCCUGGCCCCCUCCUCGCAGCAUGCUCGGCGAGACCGCAAGCGCAUGGAGUACGCGGCGAGAGCAUUCGUCUCAGUCUUCUUCUCGCAGCUCGUUCUCCUUCUUAUUCUUCUCCUCCGUCGUCCUCCCGUCGCCCCGCCGCGCUCGUGCAUAUCGUUUCGUCGAGUGAUUUCUCCGAGCGUUUCUUCGUCGUCGGACUGCCGGGGAACGAGCGCGAGCAAGCAGCAACAGCUCCACUCGUUUCGAUAAUAAAAGCAGCGCCAGAAAAAAGGAAAAAUAAAAAUAGAAAGGUGGAUAAGAUAAAGAGGAGAAAGGUGUCGCACUAAGAGUGGACACGGUCGGAGGAGGAUGCUCGACAGUUCGACCCGUGAAGAAGAAUUGGAGUUAGGCGAGGGUCGUGAGACGCCAAAGUCGGAAUCGUAUCUGUGCUCGAAUAACGAGAGAAGAGAACAUCUUACGAGCUCGAGUCAUCCGUUCGGAGAGAGCCGGGUGCUGAGGUAUGCACCCAGCCGUUGUCGUCAUUCUUUCUCCUUCGAGUCGCCACACUCCGGCCAUCAGCAGCCUCCUCUCGUCUUUAUGGAUUAGCAGCGUGAGAGAGGCGAGAUGCUGACGGCACAUCCGGAGAUGCACGAGAAACGGGAAAGCCUGAGAGGCGGCGGCCAGUACGGGACAGGCGGGGGUGGCGGUGCGGCCACGAUGGAUGAUAAAUCGGAGCAACAACCACCCCCGCCACCUCCGCCACAGCGCGAUCCUACAGAUCCGAGCAUAAGCGCUAAAAAACUUCCAAAGAAACGAAAGUUCGAUCCGUCGGAACUCGAGGAUAUGGACAUCACUAGUAACGUUGUUAGCAACGUUUCCAAUAUCGUCGGUAACGUUGGUGGCAUUAGGACGAAUCCUCCUCCUCCACCACCCGUGCAAACGGUCAAUCAGUCUCCUCUCGUUCAACACUCGAACAUACCGAUCCUCCAGCCGCAAGCUUCGCCCCAUCAACAGCAACAACAACAACAACAACAACAACAACCAACGGAGUGUUAUCAGCAGGCAUCUCCGGUGCAAUCGGUAGUGGUUCUUCCCCCGCAGAGUACCGCGGUCGAUUAUUCGUUACGAGAGGAGCCGCAACGCCUGCGACCGCGUCAAUCGACGGUGGCGAUGGUUGAUCUCGGCGAGUGGUGCGGAACAAGAGUUUUGGCGCUCAGGGAUUCUCGUUAUUAUCCAGGUGUAAUAAGAAAUGCCUCGCACGGUGAAGUUUUUAUCGAGUUCGACGGCGAGGGUAAAUUAGUCAAGUAUACGGAUGUGUUUGGUGCGGGUAAAUACGACGUGAUAGGUGACGCGAUACCGUCCCUGGAACAAGUGACUUUGGACGCGAAGGUCUGCUUCAAGUGUCCGACACCCAAUGGUCACAUCGAUGCAAUGACGAAUGUUUUCGUUCGCGGGACUGUGUGCAAAAUAUUCGCCCCGACUAAACGUUUUUCGGUCAAAAUACCGACGGACGGUGAUCAAAGUGAUAGUUAUGUUGUUAAACGAGCCGAUCUUAGACUCUUGCAACCACCCUGGGUAGAUGAGUUGGAAGAUGUGCUCAAAGAAUCGGAGCCUAUGAGGCCUGAAUCCGUUGAUCACGGAUAUAGAAAUACUCUCGAAGGGCCGGUACCGGGGCCAAUACUUCAGCAACAGCUUCAUCAUCCACCCCACAUGUCGGCUCACGAGACGAGCGCAUAUUACAGAACUGCUAGUACGAGUCCGUUAAUGACACUCGGAACAACGGCGCACUCGGCAAACACGACACCGUGCAACGGUAGCCGGCCUUACGACGAUUUGGACAGCGACGAUGACUUAGGGAGGGAAGAUAUUACGUUUCCGUCGGACGCAGGGAGCAGUAAGAGAAGUAGUAUGCAGAGCCGAGGAAGUACCAGUAGCCUAGUUGAGCAGCGUAGCAUAACUCCUCGUUCUCAGGCAGCCACACCCAGAUCUCAGGCGGCAACGCCACACAAAUAUAACAAGGGUGACGUAGUGACAGCCGCGAGUGGUAUUAGGAAGAAAUUUAAUGGAAAACAAUGGCGUAGAUUGUGUAGCAAAGAAGGUUGUUCCAAAGAGAGUCAACGGCGUGGCUAUUGCUCUCGCCAUCUUAGCUCCAAAGGUUCGGGAUUUCGUGGUCCCACCGGCAAUUUUCAGAGUGGGAAAGUCGAUGGAGAAGAGACCUCAAGGGAUUCCGACACUUCGCCCAAUUAUGUGGAUCGAAGAAUAGCUGGAAGAUUCGAUCAGGACGAAACUGAAGCUGCUAAUAUGUUAGUGUCUCUGGGUAGUUCGAGAUCGGCAACUCCAGCGUUUUCCUCACCAACGGCUCACUCCUCGAUAUCGCCGUGUAUAAACCAAUCGCCGGUGCCGCCUCUGGGUCUCAACCAGAACAACGUUUUCAUGCCGAUCUCCAGUCCGGCGCACCACGCAACCUCCCUGAUACCACCAGGGGCAAAAUGGACUCAACCGACACAGCCAAAUUUUGUCCCUCAGUAUCAACAGCAAGUGAUAAAACCCGAACCAAAUCGUAUGAUACGACCGGCUAGGCCUGCGCCCACGGCUCCUACAACACCGGCGAGUAUUGGCACUAGUGUUAUACGAAUUUCCCCUGUUGGACGAGGAAUGCCGGUUCAUUCCACUGUCUCGAAUCCUUGGUCCGAGCAGAGUCCACCCCCAAGACAUCCUUCGGUUGUCACUUCCAUGGCACAACAACAGCAGCAGCAACAGCAGCAGCAGCAACAACAGCAGCACCAGCAGCAGCAGCAGCAAGUACAACAACAGCAUCAGCAACAACAACAACAACAACAACAACAACAACAACAACAACAACAACAACAACAACAACAACACCAACAACUCCAACAACAAGGAAUCCUUCUACAACACGCCCUUACAUCCAACAACGGUUUUCCUAAUCCUGUAGAAUUACAAGAACAAAAUUCCCAGCUGUUAAAACCACCUCACUCGCCCCAUGUACCACUCGCGGCUCCUCCACCUCAAACUUUAACUCAUCUUCACAAAACACAGGAGCAACCGGUCGACUACGCUCAACCACAACAAACCCAGCCGAUUUAUCUGAUGCAUCAUUCACAUCAGCCAGACAAAAAGUAUUUGGUUAUAAAAAAUAGCAUGGACGUUUCCCCAUCGUCGCAUGUAAGCAGUCCCGAUGACAAGUACAGACAGGGAUUGAUCAAUCAUCUCGGACAAUUGCCACAGUUACAUCCGAGUCAGUGUCAGCCUCCUCAAUCACCCGUUGUUGUUCCGUCCGCGCAUGUUGACAACAAGAUGUCCGUUGUUCCACAAAGUGAUUUUCAAAAUACCAAAAUUGGUCUAAACGUCUCAACCCACACUGACCUACAGAGGAAUCAAAUCCAGCAGCAACAGCAGCAGCAACAACAAUUACAACAGCCUCCACCUCCGCCUCUAUCCUUACCGCCGCCCCCUUCAACGAGCGUCGUUAUCUCCGCUACAACCGCCGUCACGAGUACCGCUCCGACCAGUGUCUUCCAACAUGUUAUUGUCCAACCAAGUCACAUGGUUCAAAUACCAAAACCCGUGCCACCGAGAGAAGACAUUGUCAAGAGCAACGGCGUACUUUAUGGGAGCCACGAUGUAUCUCCUGCAUACCAGCCCCACCCCCCGUCAUUACUCAGCAGUACAGUUCGCAACUGGAAAAAAGCUUUUUCCUGGCAGCCGACAGUCCUGGAACAACCGGAUGUGAGUCCACCACCCUCGGCAUUGAGUCCUCCCCUGAGCGCACCCCCGAUACCUCUGAGCAUGGGAAACAUUGGUGACGAUACGCCUGGGCCCGGUCCUGAUCCUAUAACCCCAGCUGAAGAAGAGGACGACGAUGUUUUCGAAUCUGAACCAACUACACCCGCCGAAAUUGAAGCCAGCUCUAACAAGAGGCGCAGCCAAUCACUCAGCGCUUUACACACCAAAGAUCCUCAGAGUCCCUUGAAGCAAACUGUGAAAAGAACUGCGAUGUUGCAGACCAAGGACCCCCGAAUAAGACGACCGAUGAAUGCAUUUAUGAUAUUUUCGAAACGUCAUCGCGCGGUUGUGCAUCAACGACAUCCGAAUCAGGACAAUCGUACAGUCUCGAAGAUACUCGGUGAAUGGUGGUACGCUCUUGGACCCGAUGAGAAGAAAAAAUAUCACAAUCUCGCCUCGGAAGUUAAGGAAGCACAUUUCAAGGCUCAUCCUGACUGGAAAUGGUGUAGCAAAGAUCGAAGAAAAUCAUCGACUACCAGUUUCAAAGGUGGCGAACCUAGAGGCAAAUUAAACAGUGCUGGUGAAGAAAUGGAUAUGGGUCCACCUAUGGACGAUGUACCUCUCACGCCGAGAACAACCGAAGAAAUUUAUGUACCUGCUACUGCCGUCUACAAUGAUGUUUCCACUCCGGAGCAAACCGUUAACCAAAUUUCGCACCCUCUUCACCGAGUUCCCGAAACAUCAGCGCAAAACGAGCCUCAAGACUCGACGGUAAAGCAGGAGGAAGACGCAGCUGGAUCGGACGACGACCAGAUGGUCAUUUGCGAAGAUCCCCAACCGGAAAUUGAUCUCAAAUGCAAGGACAAAAUGGCAGACAGCGAUAACGACGUUCCUCAGGAGGAAGACGGAGAGAAAAAAAAUUAUACGCAAGGAAGGUUUUCACCAACGAACGGUCAAAACGUUAAAAACGAUUUGACUUGCCGUCCGAAGCCGAUUAAAGCAUUACUUCCAUCGACGGGAAUAGAAACAACGACCAAGUAUCACCACACUUCCAUGGACAAAGGGGGUACGGUUUCUGUCCUUUCAACGACUUAUCCUUAUCACAGUCCGGUUAAUCCAACGGGAGUUUCGGGUUUUCAACCGAAAGGAGGAGCCUUUAUAACAAUGCCAAUAUCGCCAAAAGUCAUAAAGCCGGAGCCGGUUAAAAGUGAACAACAACAAUACAGCACACAGUACAGCGUGAAUAAUUUAGUGUCCAGCGUUCAUACAGAAAACGGACGGAAUAUUCCAAAAUUCACAUCCGCUCCUGUUCUCCAUACGAUUGGAACAAAACCGAUGAUGGCUCUUUUGAAACAGCAGCAACCCUUGCAGACUUUGAGCACUGUACAUCGUAACCCAACUUCAGCCGUUCCCUAUCAACCCCCGCUCACUCUUACGUUGCUUGAUACUGAUUUGGUGGCUAUUCCCAAGCAACAGCAGCAGGCCUCGCCGUAUCUUGGCCCGAACACUCAGCACCCAAGGAUGUACUGCGGUUUUCACAUCCCCAUAUCCGAGACUGGGAAUCGUAAUUUAUCGAUGCAGAACUUAGUUGCUGGCAACAAAGCUGAAACACCAAGUGUGAUAGUUGCGAAAUCGUACCCAGUCACGACCUCUAAUCCGAGUACACCCACUCAUCGAGGAAUCGGUCACUCUAUAGCGCGACUUGCGGAAACGGACAAGAAGGAGCCUCUGAUUGCAAAUCACGUCCAAUUCUACGCGAAUAACCCAAAAGUCGAGCAAGACAGAAAAGAAACGAUGUUAUCAACGCCGUUGGACAAACUUAAACAACCGUUGACACCUCACACGCCCCACAACAAUCAGAUCAACAACGAUUCUUCUUCGAAUAUGACCUAUUGCGUGGAAGAUCAAACGAUUGGGAGAAGUAAUGAUUCUGGGCCGAACAAAGGUACGUUUAUGCUCGCACCAACCCCGGCGCAACUUGGUCGGGCACCUCUGCAAAGGAGACAAUCAUUGGCAAUGCCUCCCACAUCAAGUGCAGGAGACCAUGGGUCCAUGAUGUGUCAACAUUUCGAUAAUCGAGCACAAUCGAAUCAGUCGCAAAACUCUGAACAACCAUCUCAACAGCAACAACAACAGCAGCAACAGGAGCAGCAACGACAACAGCAGCAACAGGAGCAGCAACGACAACAGCAGCAACAGCAACAACAGCAGCAGCAGCAGCAACAACAACAACAACAACAACAACAACAACAACAACAACAACAACAACAACAACAACCGCAAACACCCUGUCACCCUGAACCCAUGGCUUCACCUUCUCCAUCGACGAAAAAAGGCUCCUUCUUCAAGAAAAAUGUCGAGGACGGAAUGGACAGAGUUCUCGAGCAGGUCAACUUUCAGGAGAAGUUUUCUUCCCUGCCGGAAUUCAAACCCGAAGACAUACAAAGUCCAAGUGCUAUCAGCUUGAACACUCCGGCCGGGACCUCGGUUCAUACACCCGGAGCUCCAAUUCAUCAUGCCUCAAACUUACACGGUUACCGUAAAAAAUCUGGUCCCGGUCCUCAUAGAUCCACAAUGAAUGAGGAGGAUACGGAGUCAGAAGUAUCAGCAUCCGCAACACCGAAGUCAACAGCAAGUGUGAAAUUAACGGGAAACUCAUUUUUCCCCCCUGAUUUCAACGUGGACGCGUUCAGAUUGAAUGCGGAGGCGAGUGUCGACGCUGAGACGAAUUCGCCCCGAACGCCAAAGACACCGGGUGGCGGGGUGGUCAGUUCGGCCGGAAUCGCGCGGGCUGAUAACGAGCGAGGGCCAAGAAAAGUAUUGGAACAAAGAAGGCAACUAGUGAUGCAACUGUUUCAGGACCACGGUUAUUUUCCAUCGACCCAGGCGACGUCAACCUUUCAAGCGAAACAUUCAGACAUUUUCCCAAACAAGACGAGCCUGCAGCUUAAGAUCCGUGAAGUACGUCAAAAGUUGAAAGCGAACUCGACACCGAUGAGCGCCAGCAGCCUAGUUAGCCCUCUACCCGUCUCGGAGUCGUCUCCAAACGUUGCUGGACCCUUGACCGCUCCUCCUACGUCAAUGGGAGCUCCGCUUUCACUGCCCGUAAGCAGUAGUGGCAGCUAGCGCCCAUGUGCCAACUGUGAUACUUUGCAUCCCCUUACUCCACAACACGAGUACAUCAUAAUCCUUUGAAGAGGAUAUAUAAAUAUAUAAAUAUAAAUACAUACAUGAAUAUAUAUAUAUAUAUACAUCUACAUGCAUAUAUAUAAAUAGUGCUUAUUCGGUUUAAGUUUUAAAAAGACAUUUCUCUCUUUUUUUAUUUUAAUUAUCGUUGAUGUACAGUUUCCUUGCAAGGCGUAAGCGUUAAAAUGUUUUGUGAGGCAUCAGUGCAAUUUGGAAUCUUGGUACAUAAGCCUUCUCGAGGGCAUAAGCAAUUUGAGUCGAGGACUCCAAGGCGUGAACGCGAUAUACGAUAAUCGGUUAUAAUCUUAUUUGACAGAAAAAUGCCUCUUUGUAAUAUUAUCGUUUAACUCUUCUACUUCUUCUUAUUAUUGAAAGAUGUUUUUUUUUUUUUUUUAUUUUAUUUUAUUUUAUUUUUUUCAAUUUCUUAUCGAGAAUGCUCUCGCGGGAAACGAUAGUAAAGCCAAGUUGCGAAGAAGACGUGUGUUCAAGAUGAUGUGUUCCAUUGAGACGGGGAAAGUUCCGGGUCGUUUAUUGCAACGUUUCUUCGUUAUAAACGGCGCGGAAAGUGAAAUGAAAUUGAAGGCGGGGUUGAAGCUUGUAACUUUGGAGUGCAGCGGGUAAUUUAUGUUUUUGUAUCAUUGACCGUCGUUACAGCUACGAAAAUUUGUCGAUCUUUUUGGGUCUUCGUUAUCCAAGAAUUGAAGGAAAAAAAUUGGUCUGGAAAAUUUUAACCGAGGAAUAUGAGAAAAAUAUUUUUUUUAAAUAGCGUUGCAUUCGAAAUUUUCAAAGUUCAACAACGCCAUCGAUUUAUCGUAUUGUCAUUAUUUGUCCAUAUGAUCUGUAUGCGUGCGUGCGUGUAAGUGCGUGAACGAGUAUGAUUAUCACGCGCGCCUCUGUACGUGCAAUCAACGAGUAACAAAGCGCUGUUUAAACUCCAGAAUAUAUUUUUCGAAAAAUGUGAGCCUUCUCUCUCGUCGCGACUGCUAAAGUAAAUAUAUUCGCGUUAAACGAAUAUCGAAGGACAAAUCUUAGACUCUCUAAGAUUUGAGUGCAGCUGUACAUAGUAUAAAACGAAAAAAGAAAGAAAAAAAUUCAUUGUAUCGCGCUGUAGCUCGCAAUGAAUCCGUUUUUUCGAAGCACCGAUCAAUCGGUGUAACUGAUGGUUGUAAAUUGAUGCUCCAAGCUGGGCGACGCGGAGAGUUAAGGGGGCAAGGGUAGAUGAAUGCUGAAGGAAAGAAGAAAGGCCUAUGCUAUUGUUACUUAUUGUUAAAAAAAAAAAAAAAAAAAAAAAAAAAUACAGUGAGAUUGGUGGGGUAUAGUGAAAGAAAAGAAAUCGUAAUUAGAGAAUAUUAGAAUUAAUGAGAAAAUUAUAAAAUUUAAAUCAGAGUUUAUAUGCUUUAGUUAUACUUAUAUAAAUAUAUACAUACAUAUUUAUGUAUGGGUAUAUAAAUGAUACGAAAAACAGCGAGAGUGAGCAAAGAGAAACGUCUAUUGAAAUUGAGUCGAAGAGUAAACAAAGAUGUAGUUGAAAAUUGCACAAAAGUUAUAACAAUAACGAGAAACGUAUUUCGCGUUUCACGUCAGCAUUAUUUACGCGAAACGCGAUGUUGCUUCGUCGUACCGUCGAAAUUCGAUAGUUAUCCAGAGAAUUUAACAUCCGGCGCAUCCGGAGUUAUCAGGAUUCGCGACAAUUCUUUCGUUUUUUUCCUCCACCCCCACCCUCCGAGACAGAGAGAGACACAGGCGACGAUAAAUCGUAAAUUAUUCAUUCACGAGAGAGUGAGAAAUAACAGGAAAGAAAAAAUAAAAAGAAAAUAAGAAAACGUGCCAUCGUGCAGCGCCAAGCGAGGGAAGGCAUGCGUUAUUAUUCGCUAGUUAGUAAUUAAUCAUCCGAUAGGAGAAACAUUAUAUAGUUGAAAGAAAGAUAAAAAAGCACACAACAAAAUAUCACGUAACACGUUUCCAAUAUUCUCGAAAGUACUUAUCGACUGUUUUUUAGAGCUUUGCUAAAAUUCAACCAAUUUAGAGUCACACACGCUGCACGCAGCUCGAAACUCCCGCUUCGAUUGUUUUAUCAUCAAUUUUUUUUUCGUUUUUUCAUUCUCGACCUCACGGUAUUGACGGUUUUAUAAGCAGGUCCCAUUUUUUUUCGCUUUUUUGGCCCCGCAACGACAAAUUUUACUUCCCCAUUUCUAUGGCACUUCGGAGUUCCCGCAUCUGGGAUCGAAAUUCCGCUGUUUUAUUAUUCUAUAUUAUUAUUAUUAUUAUUAUUGCCAUUCUUAUUAUGUUCGUAUGGGAACGAAUCUCGAUUCUUCGUGUUAUCCGUUUGCACGGCAUAUCAUCAAACUCUAAACGGGAAGUUGAUAAAAGAUAAAAACCACUGAAUAAAUCGUCCGUCUCGGUACGAUAUGUGCAAUAAAUUAAUAUUUGAUGAAAUAACCAAAACGCUUUGACAUUUGAAACGAGAAUCGAGGAUUCUGGGACACCGUUUCGCCGGCCCUCCAAUAUUGCAUGCAUCUCUGUUGUAUAGGGAACAUUUUAACGGAUUUAAACCCUGCUAUCCUUGAGUUUUAAUUUCCGUUUGUCUUUUAAAGGUAUCGUUUUUUUUUUUCUAUUUUUUUUUUUUGUUCAUUACCGAUCGAUCCUCCCCCUCGAGUCGUUUUAGUUCGCGAAUUGUGACAGUUGCGAAGUGUCGAAUGAGUUGAAUUUUAGCAAGGAUUGUUGAAUUUGGCUGUAAAGUAGAUAAUAUUAAUUAGUCGAAUGCUCAUCACCCACAAUGACGAGCAAAAGUGAAAGGAAAAACUUUCAGAGAUUUUCAAAUCGAAGUCUCUCGCGCUACGGCACGCGACGAAAAAACACUUGUAGUUAGGAUAGAAACAAUGUUUAUUCGACACAUUUUUGUAAAUAGUUUAUCGUAUAAUAAACUCACUAAACACGGUAGUUACUACGGUGAAUAUGAAGAUGAAUACAACCAGAAAUAAACGAAUAUGAUUAUAUAUAAAUGAUAUAUAUAUAUAUAUAUAUCUGUAUAUAUGCAUAUACAUACAGGAGAGAAAGAGAGGAAGAGAGGUAACAAGUCAGCAUGCGUGUCGUUGCGAUCGACUAAAUAAUGACUUUGUGAAUUCGCGUAUAAUAAAGAACAAGAUACUGGCAGGAUUAGAACGAAUAAACUGUAGAUGAUGGGCCUUUAUACGUCGCGGACUCUUCGUGCUCGGGAUCGUAUCUUAUCCCACAAUAUACACAUACACUCACGUAUAUAUAUAAAAAUAUAUAUUUACAUCCAAAGUAAAAGAAAAACCCCUCCAAAAGUGUUGUUCCACUUUGAUUUGUAUAUAUAAUAUACGUAUUAUAUUAUAGCCUCAACACUCAAGUUAUUAUUUUUAAUGCAAUAUGUAAAGGAUGUUACGAGCGUAUAUAUAUAUAUAUAUAGGCAAGCUGGAAGGAGGAUCCUUCCGAGCCAGCUAUCGAAUUCUUUUAUUAAUACUACAAAUGCACACUAUUAAAGCGAUGAAAAGUUUAUAACAGAA